UCAUGCUGCUGCCAGGUCCAGAGUCUCUCAUGGGUCCCUGUACGGCCUCCCAUUGCUGCUGUCUCCAUCGCCACACUCUGCCAUGUGCCACUUUCAGGUCUCCUCACACUGCUGGUGUGUUCCAUUUUUUGUCAUAGGGUGCUGGCAGAUUACGGGCCUCCCAUAGCUGCUGCCAGGCCCCUAAUCUGCCAUGGGCCCCUGUACCGCCUCCUCAUGCUGCUGCCAGGUCCAGAGUCUCUCAUGGGUCCCUGUACGGCCUCCCAUUGCUGCUGUCUCCAUCGCCACACUCUGCCAUGUGCCACUUUCAGGUCUCCUCACACACUGCUGGUGUGUUCCAUUUUUUUGUCAUAGGGUGCUG